AACACUCAAGCUCUUUGGUGACUGAAGGAUGAUGACAGCCAGCACAAGUGGUGAAGUGCAACCAACCCGCCACAUAACGCCAUUUGUCCAUCUCUCUGUUCCAUUUCGAAUUCCAACGCUCCUAAUCUUCAAUCCCCUUCGUCUUCUUCCUUACUAUCCCAACCAAGAAACAUCACCACUAAUCCAUUUAAUCAGAAAAAAGAUCACAAAAAUGGAAGCAAGCAAGGAGCCAAUAAUAAUAACAGAGAAACAAAAGAUGAGAAACUGGUCGAGGCAAAUGAGAUCUCAAGGCAAAACAAUCGCCCUCGUACCCACCAUGGGUUACCUUCACCAAGGCCAUUUAUCACUCGUUCAACAAGCUCACACUCACGCAGAUUUAACAGUCGUUUCAAUCUACGUAAACCCAGGUCAAUUCUCCCCUUCCGAAGAUCUUUCCACCUACCCAUCUGAUUUUCAUGGCGAUAUUCUCAAGCUCAUGUCUGUUCGUGGUGGGGUUGACGUUGUUUUUCAUCCCCAUAAUUUGUAUGAUUAUGGGGACGAUGAUGGUGGUGAAAAGAUGAGGAAUUUGGAGGGUGAAAAGGUGGUGAAUUGUGUGGAGGAGAAGGGUUUGGGGCAUGAGAGUUGGGUUAGAGUUGAGAGAUUGGAGAAGGGUUUGUGUGGGGAGAGUAGGCCUGUGUUUUUUAGAGGAGUUGCUACUGUUGUUACCAAGUUGUUUAAUAUUGUGGAGCCUGAUUUUGCUUUGUUUGGGAAGAAGGAUUAUCAGCAGUGGAGGAUUGUUCAAAGAAUGGUGCGAGAUCUUGAUUUUUCCAUACAAAUAAUAGGUUCUGAAAUAAUGCGUGAUAGCGAUGGUCUUGCGUUGAGUUCUCGCAAUGUGCAUCUUUCUACUGAAGAGAGGACAAAGGCUUUGUCUAUUAGCAAAUCGUUGUUGAAGGCCAAGUUACAUGCAGAAGAAGGCCGAACGAACUGUAGAGAGUUACGAGAUAUGGUCGUCCAGACAAUAAAUGAGGCUGGAGGAAAAAUUGAUUAUGCUGAGAUUGUAGAGCAGCAAAGUUUGGAGGCUGUGGAAGAAAUAAAGAUUCCUGUUGUAUUCUGUGUUGCUGCCUGGUUUGGGAAGGUCAGAUUGAUAGAUAAUAUUGAAAUCAAUAUGAAAUGAUUCUUAGUCGACAGGUUAGGUUAGGAGACGAUUCUUGUUGUUCAACAUUUUAGGUUACAAAAAAGAUUUAAAAAAAAAUGGAUUCCGAAUCUACUA